AUGAGCUCCCUCGCAUUCCUAGUCACUGAACUCCAGUCACUAGCCAGCGAAACACGCCGAAGACAUCCUGAAAUCCGAGAGGCCGCAGAAAAGUCCCUUGCCAUCCUCCGCUCAUCGCCCGAGCAAGCCACGACGAGCCUAGCAUCAGAUGGCCCGCAGUCGAGCGAUCUGCUGCGCCCCGUCUUCAUGGGCUGCGCGACGAAGAACGCGAAGGUCGUCGCGAUCUCUCUUGGUUCCCUGCAGCGCCUUAUCGUACUGAAAGCCGUCCCUCUCUCCGCCGUACCAAUGAUCGUCAACACAAUGACAGACGCUAUGAGCCAAGGCGUGGAUAUCCAGCUGAAGGCGCUGCAGACGCUGGUGUCGUUGAUUACGGGAUUUCCGGAGGUGCAUGGAGAGUUACUGGGAGACGCCCUGCUGCUUUGCUUCAAACUGCAAGAAUCCAAAAUCGCGGUCGUAUCCUCCACUGCCGCAGCGACCCUACGUCAGCUCGUGAUGUUCAUCGUCGAUAAGAUGGUUGACGAGGACCUGAAAGGGAGUUCAGCGACCACCAUUCCAACGCACCUACCUGAUGGAUCGACCAAGUCCCUCGCCCCGUCCGCUAGAGACGCGUUCUCCGUCUUCGAAGAUCUGUGCCUACUAGCCAACUCUGAGAAACCAAACUUUCUGAAGCUCGAGUCUCUGCACAAGACGUUCGCGUUGGAGCUCAUCGAAAGCGUGUUAACGAACUCGCAUGCGCCGAUACGGCAACAUGAGGAACUUAUUUUGCUGCUACGACACCACCUUUGUCCCCUCCUCCUCAAAGCCCUCUCUGACCGGCCAUUAUUCCCCCUGACGCUGCGCUGCACGCGCGUCGUAUUCAUAUUGCUGAAGCAGUUCAUCCAUGAGCUGGACACGGAGGCCGAAGUCUUCCUCGCGUUCUUCAUACGCAUCGUCGGCGAAGAGGGCGGCGCGCUAGCAGACAGCGGAGGGGGCGGCAUCAACCGACCGCAGUGGAUGCGCGUCCUCGCUAUGGAGAUCAUCCGCGGCCUAUGCUCCGACGCCGACCUGGUGCGCACGAUCUGGGACCGCUACGACGCGCAGAAGGACGCGUCGAGCCAGGUGCUGUCGUCGCUGGUGUCUGCGCUGAAGCGGCUGAUCACGGAGAAGCCGGCGCUCCUGGGUGUGAGCGCGCAGAUGUUUGGCGUGGGUGUGCCGGAGCAGGCGGUGGAGGGGGGCGUCGUGGAGGGUGUGAAGGGGAUGGUGGGUGCGACUGUCUCUGGGGUUGCGGGCGUGGUGAGUAUGGGGAUGGGGAUGGGAGGCGGAGGCGGAGGCGCGGGAUUGAGUGUCGAGGGCAGUGUUAUGAAGGUCCAGUGCAUCGACCAGCUCGAUAAAGCCGACGCGCCGCCAAUCCCAGAGACGUACAUCUACCUGCUGGGUUUGCAGUCGAUAUGCACCCUCUGCGAAGGGUUCUCGUCAUACGCCACGCCGCUGUACAAUACCAUCAUCACCCAUCGGUCCCGGGAAGCCGGGGACUCGACAAUGCGUGCUCCCCCAGCACUAGACUUGGCGAAGCUCGCGUCCGCCCCCUCGCCAGUCGACGAGCACACUGUCAGCCAGCUCCGUAUCGUACAGGACAUCAUAUCAGCCUCGUGGCCCGCGCUCCUCGCCUCACUCUCCUUUAUCAUCUCCACGAACAUCUCCGACGGGCUGUUCGUCGACGUCGUAUUCGGCGCGGUGCAGGGCCUCAUCAAUGUCUCGGGCAUCCUCGCGCUAGGCACGCCGCGAGAUGCUCUUUUCACCAGCUUGGCGAAGUUCGCGAUCCCUGCGCGAGUGGUGACGAGUUUGGAGAACUAUUCUUAUAACGAUGCUCCCUUGAGCCCCAGGGUUACCAGUUCGAUGUCCACCAUAGCGGAUCUUAGCAGCGGGGGCGGGAGUGGUACGGGCGGCGCUCACCAGCCGCCCAGCCUCUCCGAGCGCAAUUACGCGUGCUUGAAGGUGCUGGUGAACUGCGCGAUGUUCCUCGCUGGAAGUCUGGGGGAGAGUUGGUACUGGGUGCUGGAGGUGAUGCAGAAUGCGGAGUAUGUCAUCACGUCGAAGGGGGCGGGCAUAUCUGCGCCGCCGAUGGUGAAAGGGAGUGCGUCGAAGCCGGGGAGUCGGGUGGUUUCGAUGAUGGGGGGCUCGCCGCAGCUCGGGGCGCCACCCGCCGUGAAGCACCCGCUGUUGAUGGAACUGGAUGGGGAACGCCUGUAUGCCGCUAUCCAGAGAUUGUUUGAUUCGACGACAGGGGCUCUGGACGACGAGGCGUUCGGCGCAUUUGUGAGGGCGCUGUGUAAAUUGAGCUGGGAGAUGGUGGGAAUGCAGAGCUCGUCGAGUGACGUGCAUUCGGGGCUGGCGUCGACGUCGACUUUGACGCUACCAACGGGCACUGCUGGCGGGAACGAGAGCCUCGAGUCGUUGUCGUUAUCGCCCAACACGGAGGCAUCUCACAGACGGAGAGCAAGUGGUAUACAUAUACCACGAACGCUGCGUUCAGGCGACUUUGGCAUAUCGAAGCUGCUUACGGUGUCCCUUUUGAACAUUCAUCGGCUGAUAUAUCGCGCACCUAGCGUCGCAUGGGAACCCACCACCAUGCACCUCCUCUCGGUCAUUCGCGACGAGAAGACUACUAAGAAAGAUUCGAAGGAGAAACUCGGCGCGCCGCAGGGGAUUCGCAUUCAGGCAGCGAAGGCGCUCGACGAGAUCUUGGUCAACGCGCUGAAGAGUCUCGGCUCGGGCGUAGGGAUGGGCGAUAAGAAAGGAGACGUGCAGCAGCGCGUUCUGGAUGUUCUGGGCAAGCAAGUUAUACUAAUUCCAGACGGCGGGCCGGGCACGGGCGGGAUUACGAUGGUGGAAGUUGAGUUGAGGAAGAUGGGAUUGGAGACGUUGCACGAGAUCCUCCAGAACUCGGCGCAUACGCUGAUCGUUGGGUGGGAGAAGAUCUUCGAGAUGCUGGGUAGCGUGUGUAUGCCGAGCUCGGCUGCACAUACGCAAACUCAGACGGUGGCUGGGAGUGGAAGUGUUCCGUCCUCUCCUUCAACGAGCAGGUGGAAGGCCUCUCCUGCCAUUGGAUACGGCCAGCCAGGAGACAGACACCAAGAGAGAAACGCAGCGACGCUUAUCAAGAUCGCUUUCCAAUCAUUGACGUUGGUAUGCGACUCUAUAUCCUCCCUCCAGCCCGACCAUCUUCGCUUGUGUAUCAUCACCUUAGGUCAGUUCGGCAGGCAACCAGACACGAAUAUCGCCUUGACGGCCGCGACUUCGCUGCUCUGGGGUGUCUCUGACGCUAUCCAGUCGAAACGCAAGUCGCUCUCUGACACCACCCAACCAGCGUAUAAAACGUACAGCGACUUGUGGCUGUUUUUGCUAGGGGAGAUUUUGGGGUUGUGUAUAAGUAUUGGAGACGAACGGCGGGAGGUCCGCGACGGGGCGAUACAGACAUUGUUCAGGGCCUUGAUGUUCUAUGGUGGGACGCUGAGUUUGGCAGAGUGGGAAGAGUGUGUUUGGGGGAUUCUGGUGCCGCUAUUCGAGAAGCUCAGUACAGCGAUCGUCGGGGCUGCCGGAGACGCCACUCCCUCCGCUGCCUCUUCCCCUAUCGCUCCUAUCGGGACUCCAAGUUUUAUCGGAGAACGAGAACAGGGCUGGGAUGACUCGAAGAUCCUCGCGUUCCACUCCCUAGGGUCUAUCUUUCAUGAUUUCUUGGCUGAUAAAUUGAUCCGAUUGGAGUCGUUUGCAAGGAUAUGGGAUUUCCUUGUAGCACGAGUCCAGGAAGCCGUUCUGUGGGAUAACAGGAUCGUUAGUUCACCUUCCUUGAGGUGCUUGGAGAAGGCCAUCAAAGCCGCAGGGAUGGCUAUUGGGUCGAGUGGGGGCGGAGGGAAUAACGAAGUUCUUAGCCAGCGAGUGGUAGAUAUGUGCGAGAGGGCAUGGAAGGCAUUCGAUGAGAUAGGCGAUACGAUACUGCAAAAGAAGAACGAAGGUCCGGCAAAGGUAUCAUCUCCCAUUGUGCUGGCCAUCCCCGUGCGGGUGACGAAGAGUUUCAGCCAAGAGAGCUUCGUGAGCCUGUUAGAGGUCGUUCAGAGACUACGGGAAGUCGAGCGGGGGAUUCAAGCGAAGGAAUGGGAGUUGGAACGCCUUGCUCGGUUAUUGGUCAUAUUGAAAGGCGUAUUGACUUAUUCUUCGUCCCCGGACUAUAGGCCCGAUAUCGAUUCCCUGUCCCCUGCGCAGACAUCGGUGAUGGAUACAGUCAAUGGCAUCGACCUAUCGGCCCCCGCCGUCUCCUCCCUCGUGAUGCGUGAUCUAUCAGAAUAUGCCACCCUUACUUUUCUAGCGGCAUUCGACGUGCAGCCCUCAACGCUUACACAGACAGGCCCGAAGCGUAUCACCUACAUAGCGUUGAUGAAGAAGACGAUGCCGCUCCUCGUUGAUCUGUAUUCGCAGUUCAAGGCGACGCCAGAUAUCUACGCUGAUGGUACACUUGAGGCGGUUAUUUCGGCGUACUCCAUCCCUAUCAAGAUGAAGUACGACUGCCCUGCUCCGUCGAAAUUCGGCAAAGACCCUCCGCUAUGGAAAACCGCCACUACAAACUUCCUGCGCGUCGUCAAAGAAUGCUUAGCGCAAAUGAACGUACUGAGGGAGAACAUCCCUGACGACCGAGUCGAAGGAAUCUGGAGACAGAUUAUUGAUGUUUUCCGGGGUGGUAUCCUUGCUGAUUGCUCCGCUAGCGAGGAAUUCCCUCUGGAAGUGCAAGAAGCCGAGGAGAAUUUUGAUCUCGCACUGAUUUCGUCUUUGGAAAUCGACGUUUUGCCGUACAUCGGUGACUCCCGAGUUCCAGACCCGCUCAUUCGUCAACUAUCGAAGGUCUUGCAGCAGGGCAGCGCUCUCUAUGAAUCUGAUAGCAAGAGCUCGGCGAGCAGUUCGCCCAUUGCCGAGGCCCUUCGCCAACCGGGGGAGUUUGGAUUUGGCAAGGGAGGGCUACCCGAGGGAAGCUACGGAUCCACCGACCUCGGCACUCCAUUACCACGAGAACGGUUCUCUUACUGGUGUCUGGACCUGCUCUUUCUCAUGUGCUCGGACUUCUGCAAAGAUGGGGAGCCACUUCGUAGACGUGUCGCUGCGCUGAGCCUACCCUCGUUGCUGAAUCGUUGUCAUGCAUCGCUGGCAAGCUACGUCGCCGAUGAAAUGAUACGCGGCGGGCUGCCCUUUCCCAGAGCCCGUGAAGAGGAACUGCUGUAUAUCCUUCGCAAGCUACUGGAUCUAUCGCUAUGGCCUGCAUCUCUCUGGGCCGCCUUCGCCGAAGAACCAACGCGCUGCUGCACCGAGACUCCCCCUAUAGAUACUACCCUACCUCCGUCCGAACUGGUAGCCGACGCCGUGAAGCGCUCGACGGUCGCGCAUCUCUUCCAUAUGUACGACCUUUUGUGUGAUAUCGCAGCGAUACCUCGCAAGCCUCCCUCGACGUGGGUAUCCAUCCCGCAAGCGAAGUCAGCUUCGAGUUCAGUUGGGAGGAUUCCGAUGCCGACAACCACCAGCCCAUCCUCCAUUAGUCAACUUGGAGAAACCACGCGAGCGUCGAAACUAUCUCGCGGAGGUGCGGUCGUGGAGAUGGAUGCCCGGACGUUGGCGAGGGAGUGCUUGAAAAUCAUCGGAAAGGAGCUAGGUGUUUCGCGUUGA